AUGGCUUCUAAACUGUUCUUUCUUACUUUUCUUGGUUCCCUUCUUUGUUGCUCAAUUCAUGCAAGGAAGAUCAAUACUUAUAUCCCCGACUCUUCCUCAUUUCGAAAUGAAAAAACAUUCUUCCCACGUGGUCCGUUUGUUGGCGGCGGUGGUGGUGCUGGAGGCGGCGGAGGUGGAGGUAUUGGCUUGGGAUCAGCUGGUGGUGGAUUUGGUAGUGGAGCCGGUGGUGGGUUUGGAUCAGGAGUUGGUGGUGGAGCCGGAGGAGGUGGUGGUGGAGGAGGGUUCGGAGGUGGUGGUGGUGGUGGGCUAGGUGGUGGAGUCGGAGGUGGUAGUGGAGGAGGGUUUGGAGGGGGAGUGGGUGCAGGUGGUGGGUUAGCUGGUGGAGGUGGAGGUGGUGCUGGUGGUGGAGGAGGGUUUGGCGGUGGAGCUGGUGGACUUGGAAGUGGAUUUGGUGGUGGUGCUGGUGCUGGCGGUGGAUUUGGAGGUGGCUUACCUUGA